AUCCACACACUUAGUCGUUUGUAAAAUCUCUGUAUUAAUUAAAUUAAAAUUCUUCUCGCUGUAAGGUUGCCGAACUUUGUCAGGUUUGCAGCCCUACCAGAAUGUUAAUUUGUUUUUGUCUGGAAACCAAAAGCUGGGAGCCUAAAAGUGCAGAUCCGGGCGAUUUGUUAGCAAUUCAGGCCGAAAAGAUGAUGAUGCCAUGAGAUCAAUGUCGGCGUUCGCGUUCGGUGAGGAUAGAGUCGCGUCUUAGGCUGGUUUGGCGAGCAUGGACGCGGUGCAGAGCAUUGACUACAUCGACGGCAUCACGCUCGAGAUGCUCGUGGACGGCGGCGAUCUGCUGGACGAAGCCAGCACCGUGCUCUACGAGGAGCCGAUGCACUACGAGGAGGACGUCGUUGAGCCGGACGAGGAGGAAAGGGUUGUUUUGACCGACGACGAAGAUGAGGACGAAGACGAGGACGAAGAAGAGGAAAACGACUCACCCACCACAUGCACCUUCAUUGACGAGGUUGAGGACGACGAGGAGGAAUGGGAGGUGGACGAUAACAUCAAUAAAAACCGGAAGGUCCCACUCGACCUGCCUCCGGAGCUGAAGAAGUACCUUGAAAUUGAUCACCUUCAGGUGGUGACCUGUGAUAAGCUAGUAAAUCUUCCAGCCAGCCCGUGUGUCAACUUCAUACUCGAAACCUACUAUAGAGAAUACGCUUCGGAAAUCUUGCAGUGCGAGGACGAGUCUGAGGAAGUUGAGCACCGGACUCUGCGUGAACUGGGUGGAGGCAAAGAAACGCGCAACGUAUCUAAAUCCUUACGACUAAGACGGCAGAGGCAGCGGCGGCUUAGCAGUGAGUCGAGCGCCGACCUCGAGGAGGACAAAGACUUUGAGGAAAUCCUCAGAAACAUGAGAAUUUGCCUUGAGGUGCUGCACAGCAUCCGGUACUACAUCGACUUCACUCUUGGCGAUCACCUGCUGUACCCGUCAGAGAAGCAGCAGCAUCAGUACGUGAUAAACGCGAGCAAGUCCAGUUUGCUCUACGUGAAACAGGAGCCAGUCGAGUCGAUCGAGGAGUACGGCCCCAGCCUCCUGGACAAAAUCACCAUGCUCGAAGAGGACAAGUCUGAGACUGAGGACGACCUGCUGGAGAUUCUCAGCUCGAAUGAUCAAAGCUUCACUAAGCGCUGGAAUGACUUCCUCGGCAACGACGAAACUGACAACAAACCGACUGAUGAAGAUGCAAAGCGCGAGUCGAGCGAAGCUGAGGCGGACUUGCUUGCCGACCUUCCUCCAUUCGUGCGGCGGCGGAAAGAAAUGCUGGCCAAGAUCCAGGAGUGGAAACUAGUCCCGGACGUGGAGGUGGACGAAGACGGCGAAGACUCCACUCCCAACUCGCAAAUCUACGGCGCCGUCCACCUGGCCAGGCUGAUGGUCAAGCUGCCAGAAUUCCUCUACCUCACCAAAUUCCCGAGCGCGGGCCACCUCAAAGCCGUGCAAAGGCACCUCAAUCUCUUCAUCAACUACUUGGCCAAGAAAUCCAGCUGGUUCCAGGAAAACCAAUACCGCAGCAACACUUUCCAUUCGUAG